GGUAUUUAUUUAUUUUUAUUUUGAAAGUGAUUUGUUAAACAUUUAUUUUUAAUAAAACUCCAGGACAUUUACUGUUAAAAAUGGUCCUUUGCCUCCAAUGUCCUGGUGAUGCUCUGAAAACACCCUGCAGACAGAGUAUUCUACCACCACAAUUACAAAAUACACGUACAAAAUACCAUGAAAAUUUCAAUUGAAUUUAUCAAAAAACUAGAAAAAUACUUGGAUUUUGUCACAUAUUACAAAAUGCUUUUGCAAGUAGCCGGCCCGAACAGCAACAACAUUCUUAGUAACUGUUGCAAAACUAUUGUUCUUGCUUGUUGACAGUGCUACUGUAUGUUGUUAUCUACCUUAGUUGAGCAAGUCACUCUGGAUAAGCUAAAUGACUAAAAUGGAAAUGGAAAUGUGAAAAGUAACAUUCAAAAUUAACUGCAAAGCACACUGGGUAUUAUUAUUGGCCUUGUUUCGGGGCAGAGCUCAUUAGAAUAAUACUCAGCAGUGCUUUGCAAUUGUUAAUUUUUACAUUUAUGUUUUAGUCAUUUAGCAGACGCUCUUAUCCAAAGAGACUUAGAUCAUUGAUCUUAAGACAGUUAGGUGAGACAACAUAUCACAAUCGUAUCAAGUACAUUUUCCCUCAACAAAGUAUUUAUCAAUAUUUUUUAUAUUUAUUUCAUUUAACAAACACUCUUAUCACACCAUAGUGCUAUCACACUUCUGAUAACAUUGCAGGGAGAAAGGGAUUUAACGGUUCAGAAGAGGUGAACCGUUAAAAAACAUGGUAAAGUAUUUAGUAUUUUGAAAAUACAAAAUGCGUUGGAUCCCAGUGUAAUUCAACUGACCAAAUCCUCAAAAGUAAUUCAAAUACAUAUUUCAAAUACAUAAAUACAAAUCAUCUCUGCCUACUACCCAAUACUCUAUUACACUUCCUUAUCAAAGAAACCACAACCCCUGUAGAUACAGAGUACACAGUCAAGUAGGAAGCCACUCCCUCUCCUCUGGUGUAGAGCUCAAUGAAACAGAAAGUAAUAUAUUUGACACUGCCAUUGUUUAACCUACGAGAGAGAGCACCAAAAUGGCAGAGAAUCAGGAACUGUUCUGUUGCUCCAUCUGUCUGGAUCUACUGAAGGAUCCGGUGACUACUGCCUGUGGACACAGUUACUGUAUGGGCUGUAUUAAAGAAAGCUGGGAUCAGGAUGAUCUGAAAGGUGUCUACAGAUGUCCCCAGUGCAGACAGACCUCUACCCCAAGACCUGUUCUGAAGAGAAACAUUGUGCUGGCUGAAGUGGUGGAGAAUCUGAAGAAGACAGGACUCCAGGCUGCUCCCCCUCCUGCUCUGUGCUAUGCUGAACCUGGAGAUGUGGCGUGUGAUUUCUGCACUGGGUCCAGAAAACAGAAAGCCCUCAUGUCCUGUCUGGCGUGUCUGGCCUCUUACUGUGAGACUCACCUCCAACUUCACUAUGAAUCUCUUGCUUUGAAGAAGCACAAGCUGGUCAAAGCCACCGCACAACUACAGGAGAAGAUCUGCUCUCAUCAUGACAAACUGCUGGAGGUUUUCUGUCGUACCGAUCAGCAGUGUAUCUGUUAUCAGUGUGUGAUGGAUGAACAUAAAGGCCAUGAUACAGUGUCAGCUUCAGCAGAGAGGACUGAGAAACAGAGGCAGCUGGGGAUGAGUCAGCAGAAGGUCCAGCAGAGAUUCCAGGAGAGAGAGAAGGAGCUGAAGGAGCUCCAACAGGCUGUGGAGUCUCUCAAGUGCUCUGCACAGGCAGCAGUGGAGGACAAUGAUCAGAUCUUCACUGAGCUGAUCCGCUCCAUUGAGAGAAGGCGCUCUGAGGUGAAGAAGCUGAUCAGAGCCCAAGAGAAGGCUCAGGUGAGUCAAGCUGAAGGACUCCUGGAGCAACUGAAGCAGGAGAUAGCUGAGCUGAGGAAGAGAAGCACUGAGCUGGAGCAGCUCUCACACACAGAGGAUCACAUCCAUUUCCUCCAGAGUUAUCAGUCUCUCGCCAGUAUCAGUGUAUCUUCAGACUUACCCAGCAUCGUUGUCUGUCCUCAUCAGUACUUUAGAGAUGUGAGUAAGACUGUGUCUGAACUGAGAGAGAAAGUAGAAGACUUCCUUAAAGGAGAAUGGACCAAGAUCUCCACUACAGUGAAUAUAGUGGAUGUUGUACUGCCUCCAGAGCCCAAGACCAGGGAACAGUUCUUACAAUAUUCCUGUCAGCUCACACUGGACCCAAACACAGCACACACACGCCUCUCUCUGUCUAAAGGGAACAGAAAGGUGACCUAUACAGGCCAAGUCCAACCAUAUCCUGAUCAUCCAGACAGAUUCACAAAUGACUUGAUGGUGCUGUGUAGAGAGGGUCUGUCUGGACGCUGUUACUGGGAGGUGGAGUGGAGUGGGCUGUGUGUUAUUACAGCAGUCUCAUAUAAAGACAUCAGCAGAACAAGGAGAAGUAAUACAUUUGGACUCAAUGACAAGUCCUGGAGUUUACACUACUAUAGUGAUGGUUAUUGGUUCAGACACAAUAGUGUUAGGAUGAAAGUACCAGGCGUUCAGUCCUCCAGAGUAGGAGUGUACCUGGAUCACAAGGCAGGUACUCUGUCCUUCUACAGUGUCUCUGACACAAUGACCCUCAUCCACAGAGUCCAGACCACAUUCACUCAGCUCCUCUAUCCUGGGUUUUCUAUCAAUUGUAUUUUCUCUGGUACUGCUGAGCUGGUUAAACUGUAGUAAGGGCCCAUUUACUAAAUUAAUUAAAAUUAUUCAAAUGCAAAGUUUUCAUCUUGUACAUCAAAAUUCUAUCCUGUGUUUUGUCUCUAUGGUACUGCUGAGCUGGUUAAACUGUAGUAGGGUCCACAUAGAUACUAGUCAUGCUGGUGUAGUCUAUAGCUGAGCUGGUUAAACUGU